GGUGAAAACAUUAGAGUUCAUCAUAUUCAGUAGGUAUAUUAAAAUGUUUCAAGGGUUUCUCUAAAUAGUUUUAGCUUUGUUUAUCUAUGAGAUUUAUCUCAGCAUGAAUAUUAAUGUUAAAAAUAGGAAGGAAACAAAGCCGUUUAAUAGCCUCACGUUCAGUUCAGUGACCACAGAGGAGAGGCAUCUGGACAAGAAAACACCCGUUCAAUCAGAGUCAGACAGUGAGAUGAGAACAGCAAGAAUGAUGAGUUUAACAUCAGCAAGUGGAUUUAUCGUCUUCCUUCUCUCUUUCACAGUUGUUCAGGGUCAGAAUGGAUGGGGAGUGACUUACACUUCUACUCAGAUCUGUGCCUUAAAAGGAUCAACAGUCGACAUGAGCUGCACCUACACAUACCCACCCCAGAUAAAGAAAAAGAAAACUAAAGUUGAGAAAACAUUCUGGUUUAUUAAUAGAGACAUUAAACCUGUAGAUCUAAAAACAAAGUCAGAGUACAAAGGUCGUGUGGAUUAUCCUUCCAAAAAGAACGGCUGUUUAGUGAGAAUCUCAGACCUGAGACAGAGCGACUCAGCUCAGUACCAGUUCAGGUUUAUAACAAACCAACCUGGUGGACAUUAUACUGGUUCACCUGGAGUCACUCUGACUGUCACAGCACGUCCAGAUCUCCAGGUCCAUGUGAGCAGAUCAUCAACCUGCAGGAAUUCUAAUUGUGUCCAAGUAGAGCUGAGGUGUCACAGCAACUGUCGUCUACCUGACAAUUACAAAUACACCUGGUUCAAGAACGGACAGAAGAUUAGGAGUGGAACAUCAUCUUCCUAUUCCACCUCUUUUUCCUCUGGAGAUACCAUUUCCUGUGCUGUUAAAGGUUAUGAGAUGUUCUCCUCUCCUCCAGCGUUUGCUCCAACGGUUCCUUCAGUGUCUUUCAGUCCCUCUGGUGAAAUCAUUGAGGGCAGUUCAGUGACUCUGACCUGUACCAGUGAUGCAAACCCACCUGUUACUAAAUACACCUGGUACAAGAGAGGAAAUAAUCAACCUCAGUCAAGAGGUGAAGGACAGCAGUUUGUCCUCAGCUUCAUCAACUCCUCUGACUCUGGAUCAUAUUCAUGUGUUGCUGAGAACAGUCUGGGGUUGAAGAUGUCAGAAUAUGUCCAUAUUGAUGUGAAAUAUCCUCCCAGACUUCCCUCUGUGUCCAUGAGUCCGUCUGGUCAGAUAGUGGAGGGCAGUUCAGUGACUCUGACCUGUACCAGUGAUGCAAACCCACCUGUUACUAAAUACACCUGGUACAAGAGAGGAAAUAAUCAACUUCAGUCAAGAGGUGAAGGACAGCAGUUUGUCCUCAGCUCCAUCAACUCCUCUGAAUCUGGAUCAUAUUCAUGUGUCGCUGAGAACAGUCUGGGGUUGAAGAUGUCAGAAUACGUCUAUAUUGAUGUGAAAUAUCCUCCCAGACUUCCCUCUGUGUCCGUGAGUCCGUCUGGUCAGAUAGUUCAGGGCAGUUCAGUGACUCUGACCUGUACCAGUGAUGCAAACCCACCUGUUACUAAAUACACCUGGUACAAGGAGGAUGAAGACUCACCAAAAGCAUCAGGACAGAACUUCACCAUCACUGACUUCAGAUCUGAACACAGUGGGAAUUAUUACUGUGAAGCCCAGAACAGCAGAGGACGACAGAACUCCGCUUCACAUCUGAUUGUUGUAUCAUCCAAAUGGAAAUCAGUAGCAGCUGGAGUGACUGUUGCCGUUGUCCUUCCCAUAAUCCUCAUCUCUGUCUUCCUAUUAGUCAGAAGAAUGAGGGCUUUGAAAACAUCAUCUGAACCUGAAGACAGAGCGGACAACAGCCAACAGUGUCCACCUAAUCACAGACACCCAGAGGAGCAGGACAACCUUCAUUACGCCAACGUCAACUUCUCUCAGAAAAAGGAGGAUCCAGUUUACUCCAACACUGGACCAGCUCGGUGCCCAAGACACAAGAAGGAACCAACAUUUCCUGAGUACUCUGUUCUCACAUUUCAUAACAACAGCAAAGAGCAGAGAGACAGAGUUGAGGAAACUGCAGAGGAUUCAGCUGUAUUGUACAGCACAGUCAACAAAACCAAAGGACCAAGGACCUCGGCUCCAAAGUGAAAUGUGUAAUACCACUCAUGGCCACUAGAGGCUGCUCCUAAGAGCCUUGUCUCCCAUGGACUCACACUGAACUUCUCUCCAAACUUUUGAAGUCAUUUUUUUCUAGGAGUGGUUUUUCUCACUGUUAUUGUUUUAGGAAUUUCUAAUAAAUAAUGUGUUCCAUCUUCAACCUUUUCCUCCAUUAAUAAGAUCACAAGUCAAACAGAAGGUGUUGAUUGACA